AUGCUGAGUCCACAGCAGUUGAUGGAAAACGCUGCCAUGGCAGUACAGCGGCGAACGGUCAGUCAAAGGCGACGUGAAGAAACUGAAACUAUCGUAAGAUUAGGAAAGGAUUUGGAGACAGCUCAAGAAGAGAAUCGGUUGAUCAAGGCUAGAUCCUCAACCUUGGAGAGGAAUUUGGAACGAGUUGAAAUGGAGGUGCACAAAUAUGCUGCUAAUGAAGUCGACAUCAAGACAAGCUUCAAGCUGGAGAAGCAGCAACUAACAGACGAGAUUGAGAACCUUCGGAGGGAACUGUCUGCUGCUUUGACGGAAAACGCUGAGUUAAAAGCGGAAAAAGUCGAUCUUCAGAAGGACUGCAAGCUGUUUAGACAACGAAUCGCCAAAUUUGAGAUUGCCAACAUAGAAAGUCCAUCAACUCCCAAAGAGGACUCUACCUCCUCUCGCAGGAAGAUGUCAGAGGAUUCAAGAGGUGAUGAGCUGGGGAAAUAUGAGAAGUUGUAUAAAGAAUUCAAGCAAAUUGAGACGGAUUUGCAUACGGUGCUUGGAAUCAAGGAA